CGUCCCUUUAUCGCUCGCCCCAUAAAAGAUCCUGCCCAGCCCGUCUCCGCAUUUCCCACGCACCAUACUCCUCACCCUCAUCUCCACGACUACCCUCAGGCUCGCCAUAUAUGCGCUACUGCUACUACCUCUCCUGCGAGAACAACGUAGUGCUCCCUUUGUCCCGGCGUUGAAGCACUUUCCUCGGCUCAAGCACCGCGCUCGAUCCAGUCGGACUUUGAACCCUUCAUCCACCAUCUUACAGACCACCUCUACAGCUAGGCAAACGAGAACAGUGAGGCCUCACCAUGGCUCAGGCCACUGCUGCGGGAACAUCGAUAGCUCAGGGCGGAAGUAAUGGCACUCCCAACGCAACUUUGAACGGAAGCGGGGUUUCAAUCCCCGCCGACCGGGCAAACCUUAACGCUAACGGACUCGGCACAACACCCUCCCAACCACCACCACCAUCAGUCGCCGCCCCACCCACGGCUCCCGCUCCCGCCGCCACCCCAUCUGCAUACUCCGAAAACAUAAUCUACAAACCCCCCACCACAAUGCGCGAAUACGCACGCCACUUCAAACGUCUCGCCCCCUUCAUCUGGCCCAAAGGCAAUGACACUGAAGCCCUCCGUCUCAAACUGCUCAUCCUCGCCUGCUUCGCCCUCAUCGUCCUCGGGCGCAUCAUCAACCUCCUCGUGCCCUUGCAGUUCAAACGCGUUAUUGAUGCUUUGGGUGAUGUGAGCGGGGUUACUUCUCACGGAGGUCGCGUGGGGUAUGCGACUGCUGGUGACGACGAGACAGUGACACGACCGCCAUUACCGUAUGUGGAGAUACUGAUAUAUGUGUUUCUGAAGUUCUUGGCGGGCGGGGGAGGGGUGUUGAGCAUUUUGCAGAGCUAUAUAUGGGUGCCGGUCGGGCAGUUUACGACGAGGGAGCUGUCGAUUAAGAUGUUUGAGCAUCUGCAUAAUUUGUCGUUGCGGUUUCAUUUGAAUCGGAAGACGGGGGAGAUUUUGAGGGUUCAAGAUCGAGGAGUGUCCAGCAUCGUGUCCCUGUUCUCUUCAAUUCUCUUCAACGUCGUCCCUACGCUCGCCGAUAUUGGCAUCGGGUGCUUCUACUUUGCCCUCGCGUUCGACAUCUACUUCGGCGCCAUCGUCUUCUCCACCAUGGGUCUGUACAUCUACUUCACCAUCGUGAUCACUGAAUGGCGCACCCACUACCGCCGCAUAGCCAACAUGCUCGACAACGCGAUGGAAGCCAAAGCCGUCGACUCUCUCCUCAACUUUGAGACGGUCAAGUACUACAACGCGGAGCCGUACGAAGUCAAUCGCUUCACGGACGCGGUCAUCGAGUACCAGAAAGCCGACUACAAAUCCAACAUUGUGCUCUUCACACUCAACACCGCGCAGAACAUCCUCAUACAGGUCGGCAUGAUCGUCGGCAGCUUGGUCUGCGCGAAACGAAUCGUGUACGACCAUACAAUGACCGUCGGCGAUUUCGUAUUGUAUCUUAGCUAUAUCACCCAACUCUACGGCCCCUUGAACUGGUUCGGCAACCAUUACCGCGUCAUCCAGAAGAAUUUCGUAGACAUGGAAAAGAUGCUGGAUCUGUUCAAGGAACCCGUCGACAUCUCCGACCCGCCUAACCCAAAACACCUCCCCAAUAAAGGCGGCGAGGUCGUAUUCGACAACGUCUCCUUCAGCUACGACGCGCGCCGCGGGCCCGUCCUCGACGGAAUCUCCUUCACCGCGGCCCCCGGAUCUACCGUCGCGCUCGUCGGCCCCUCUGGCUCCGGCAAAUCCACCGUCCUGCGACUCCUCUUCAGGUUCUACGACGUGCAAGCCGGCAGCAUCCGGAUCGAUGGCGUGGAUAUCCGCGACGUGAGGCAGGGCGAGCUGAGGAGCGUGAUUGGCGUCGUGCCGCAGGACACGGUGCUGUUCAAUGAGUCGUUGAGGUAUAAUUUGAUGUAUGGGCGGCCGGGGGCGAGGGAGGAGGAGAUGGUGGCUGCGACGGAGGCGGCGCAAAUACAUGAGCGGAUAUUGGGGUUUGCUGAUGGAUACAACACGAAAGUCGGCGAACGCGGCCUCCGCCUCUCCGGCGGCGAAAAGCAACGCAUCGCCAUCGCCCGCACGCUCCUCAAACACCCCUCCAUCAUCCUCCUCGACGAAGCCACCUCCGCCCUCGACUCGCGCUCCGAAGCCGCCGUGCAGUCCGCACUCCUCUCCUCCUCCACGCGCUCCACCACGAUCGUCAUCGCACACCGCCUCUCCACCAUCGUCAACGCGGAUAUGAUAUUGGUCGUUAAAGACGGACAGAUUGUGGAGAGGGGAAAUCACGAUACGCUUAUGCGGAUGCGCGAUGGGGUGUAUUUUGAUAUGUGGAUGAAGCAGUUGAGGGAUGAGCGCGGGAUGGGGGGUGUGAGGGGUUUGGAACGUGUUGUGGGGUGGCUGGAGAGCGCAGGUGGGGCGGAGAAUGGUCCCGCGGGAGGGGCCGGCAGCAGCGCUGGGGAAGCGGAUCCGGAUAGAGAUGAUGGGGCCAGUGAACCAGCCCACGGAGAAGAGGAAGACGACCACGGCUACUGCGAGGGCGACGAGAGCGUAUCGCAGCAGGGUGCGGAUGAGACGGACAAACGGAUACCGUCCUCAUCACGGGGCAACACCUCAAACCUGCACAUCCCCCCCGACCUGCGCAUCAUACCCGCCUCCGUUCCCGACCACGAUACCACCCUCCUCAGUAAACCGCGAUCUUCAUCUUCCCACCGCCAACCAUCACCCACCAAAUCUGCUACCCCCGCAACGACACAGACCCAUUCAACCCACCACACCCACAUGCCCUCCCUCUCCCGCCUCCUGCAACGCGACCGCGAGGAUAACUUCCCGCUCUCAUCGGCAGCUAGGGACUCGAGUGUCUCGGAGGCCUCACUCACGGGACGAGGUGGGGAUGAGGGUAGUGUUGAUGCGGGGGAGGUGCGGUUUGAGGAAGCGGAUGCAGGCGAGCGGGAUGUGUUUGGUGAUGAUGGGGAGUCGGAUGUUUUGGGACCCUCGGCGUCGGCGUCGCAGGCUGAUGGUGGUGAGGAUGUGAAUGAGGCGGCGGGUGCGACGGGGAAGAAGAAACGGAGGAAGAAGGGGAAGAAGAGGGGGUGAGUCCAAUGCUUGUGGCGUCUAGGUAGGCGGUUCGCUACUGAUUCGGAGGGGAGCUAUAUUUCUGAGGCUACUUGUACAUACGAUACCCUCGUUCUACUUGUACAUAUCUUAUAUCAUGGCAUCAUGGGGGUACUCGUCCGCGAUCGCUCUUACCACUCCCUCCCUCCACUGGCGCAACUGCCUCUCUGUGCUUCCACCGGCCAACGCUUGCAGCUGGUUUGGAUUCAUCUUUGGUAUGUAUGGGUCAAAAAAGUAGUUUCUGGUUGGUCAUGGGAGAAGAAAGAAGAAAGAGAAGAACAUGGGAGAAAGAGAAGAAAGGG